AUGGAUUUUACGAGGAUGCUGCCAGAAGAAUGCCAAUGUCUUAUCAUAUCGUUGACUUCGCCGGCGGAUGCUUGUCGGUCGGCGAUGGUUUCUCCUUCGUUGAUAUCAGUUGCCGACAGCGAUGCAGUUUGGGAAAAGUUUUUGCCUUGCGAUUAUAAUUCGAUACUUUCAUCAUCAUCAUCGUCUUCGUUGCUUUCACUGGGGAAGAAGGAACUUUACUCUCAUCCCUCUUCUCAUCCCGUUCUCAUCCAAAACGGUACCAUGAGCUUUCAGUUGGAUAAAGGGAGUGGGAAAAAGUGCUACAUGCUGGGGGCAAGAACACUCUCCAUCAUAUGGGGAGAUACUCCUUCCUAUUGGACUUGGACAUCCGAGCGAGAUUCUAGGUUCCCUGAAGUUGCUGAGCUCAAAUUAGUAUGGUGGCUUCAUGUGAAGGGAAAGAUGGAGACCCGAGCUUCAUCUCCCAACACAAACUACGUAGUAUAUCUUGUGUUUAGAAUAAGAUAUCAGCAUACAAUCGGCUUUAGACGAAGACCCGUAGAUUUAACUGUGAAUAUCGAUGGACUGAGUUCAAGAGAAGCGCGGAGGGUAUCCUUAUACAAAUGGGAUGAACCCCAACAUGUUCGAGAGAGAGGGGAUGAGUGGACGGAAGUCGAAAUGGGUGAGUUUUGGAACGGCUGUGAUGACGACGGAAUUGUGGAGUUUAGUCUUGAGGAGAUCGACACAAGUUAUCAUAAGCGAGGCCUCGUUAUUGAAGGAAUUGAGAUUAGGCCCAAAGGUAUUGUUACUUCUUGA